AUGCACGCAGAUCCCCGCAUCCGCGUCCUCGCCUCAGCGACGAGGGAUAGCUUCCCCUGUCCCCGCACCCCCCUUCAGAGACCCCCCCUGCCCGCAGCCGAGAAAUGGAAGGAUAAUAUUCCUUGCGGAGACAGAGAGAAAAUAAGGCUCCCUCCCUCCGUCUACAGCUUCUCGUACCCAGCACGUGAGAUCCAGCCCGCUGCCAGGCCAUGGCACUCGCACAGGGGAUGCGUUCCCACUAUUAAAGGGGAUGGACAGUCCUCUUACAACACUUCUUAUCAAGCACAGUUUAAGGGUGAAUGGAGUCCACCUGCAAAGCCAAGUGAAAAGCACGUGUCUCCUAUUAAAUUUGGGGAUCCCAGAAGCAGUGGAUCUGUGAGCGAGAAGAAACAUGCCUACAGUGCCCCAGACAAGAGGACACGCAGAGUCUAUGACAAGGAACGUGCUGCCUCCCAGAUCCACCGCACCAACCUGCAGCUGGGGGAUGGUUGCACCAGGUUCUCCACCUCGACGUCGGAGCUCUUUCCAGUACACAGUCUAGAGCCUGUAACUACUGCCCGUCCAAACAAAUACGCCUCAUCCAUCCCCAGAGGCGACGAAGACCCUGAGAGAAAUCAAGCGUUGGCAAGAACUACUACUACACAGCUCUUCUACCCAGAGACUGACAGGUGGAACCUCGCACCGAAGCCUGGCUUGCUACUGCAGAAGCAUCGAAGCAACGUCUGCUUGGGAGAUGAGCGUUCAGGCUCCCAUUUCUUCAGCACAACGCAGCAGGCAGACUAUCAGCCACCCCGCCAGAGCCAGAGGGUGACAGCAGACAGCAAGAGCCACCGUGAAAGCCACAUCCCCUUCAACUACCACACAGAUGAAAGUUCUGUCACAACCAUGCAGGCCAUGCUGGUCCCACACAGACAGCAGAAACAACGACUCUCCAAAGACAUGCUACAGCAGAUCAAAUGCUCACACCUGGGGCUACCCUGGAGGGCACAGGACUUCUUCAGGACUGAGCAGAAAGAUGAGUUCACACCCAAGUCCAGAGGCCCAGCAGAAAUCCAAAAGGCAAACUCCCAAGUGAGCUGCGUCCCCCUGGGGACCCUGAAAGGAUACUGUCCCCAGAGGAAGGUCCUCUUCGCACCGUGAUGUUCUCCCUUCUUCAGCAACCGCCCAGAACUUGCUGCACUGUGGACUGCAUACAAGUCAUGUUCCCUGUUAGCCAUCCUGGUGCCCUGCUCUUGGCCUGGAACAUUUAUUUCUCAGAUUGAAUGAGGACACAAGAAGGUGUUGUGACAGCAAGAAUAAACACUGGGA